CUCGUAGACCACAGCUUUCAGCCAAUCAUAAUUCAGGAUUCAAACCGUUUAUAACAACCUGGUAUUCUCUCCGCUUACGUGAUUCUUCUGUGUGAUCAGAUUAAUCGAUGCACUCUGAAAUGGAUUGCUCUGGCCUCACUGACUUCGUGCAGGCUUUGCAGUAGAACAGUGAGCAAUGUUGAGGAUGCCCUGGUUGACGUGGUAGCUAGCAGCUGUACAAUAUUGGGUGGUAUUGGCACGUCUUUUUAUAGCAAGUAAAUAGCAAUAUAAGCGAAUGCGAUUAAAGAAGUUCACUAACUGGCAAGGUCAAAUUUGGAAACAUUAACAAACAUGCUGGAUUUUGCGAUUUUUGCAGUGACAUUUGUCAUCAUUCUGGUCGGCGCAGUCCUCUAUUUGUAUCCAUCAUCAAGAAGUGCUUCUGGUAUCCCAGGUCUCAACCCUACAGAAGAGAAAGAUGGAAACCUACAAGACAUAGCGAACCAAGGCAGUCUGCACGAGUUCCUGGCCCGUCUACAUGGACAGUUCGGUCCUGUAGCUUCUUUCUGGUUCGGGAGACGUCCUGUGGUCAGCUUGGGUUCCGUGGAGCAGCUUCGGCAGCAUAUCAACCCCAACAGAACCACGGAUUCUUUUGAGACGAUGCUGAAGUCGUUGCUAGGCUACCAGUCAGGAAUGGGUGGAGGUGCCACAGAGGCCCUAAUGAGGAAGAGAUUGUAUGAGAAUGCUAUCAACAACACCCUGGAGAAAAACUUCCCCCUGCUGCUGAAGCUGGUGGAGGAGUUAGUUGGGAAGUGGCAGUCUUUCCCUGAAGACCAACACACACCCCUCUGUGCCCAUCUGCUAGGACUGGCCAUGAAGGCUGUCACUCAGCUCGCUCUCGGUGACCGCUUCCAGAAAGAUUCCGAGGUCAUACGUUUCCGAAAGAACCAUGAGGCAAUCUGGUCUGAGAUAGGGAAAGGCUAUUUGGACGGUUCCAUGGACAAAAGCUCAAGCAGAAAGGGGCACUAUGAGAGAGCGCUCACAGAGAUGGAAACUGUCCUGAUGUCUGUGGCUGAACAGAGGAAAGGACAACGGAACCACACCGCGUUUGUGGACACUCUUCUGCAGUCCAAUCUCUCAGAUAGACAGGUGAUGGAGGACAGCAUGGUAUUCACACUGGCAGGUUGUGUCAUCACAGCUAAUUUGUGUAUCUGGGCAGUACACUUCCUGUCCUCAUCAGAGGACGUUCAGGAGAAGCUGCACCAGGAGCUGGAGGAUGUCCUGGGCUCAGAUCCUGUUUCUUUGGAUAAGAUACCACAGCUCAGGUACUGCCAGCAGGUUUUGAAUGAGACUGUGCGGACAGCCAAACUGACGCCCAUCGCAGCCCGGCUGCAGGAAAAUGAAGGGAAAGUCGAUCGUCACAUCAUUCCUAAAGAGACGCUAGUAAUCUAUGCACUUGGAGUAGUCCUAGAGGAUGCAGACACCUGGAGCCGUCCUUACAAGUUUGACCCGGACCGAUUUAUGGAAGAUUCGGCCAGGAAAAGCUUCUCUCUGCUUGGAUUCUCUGGAAACCAAGCUUGUCCUGAGCUGAGGUUUGCGUACACGGUGGCCACUGUUCUCCUCAGCACUGUGGUGCGCAAGCUGAAGCUGUGUAAGGUGAAGGGCCAGGUGGUAGAGGCCCGAUCUGAGUUGGUGUCCACACCUAAGGAUGACACAUGGAUUACUGUGGCCAGAAGAAGCUAACUGUCAGUUGACAUCAGCCUCCAAGGCAUUUUGUGGAAUGCUUGUGCUGGGAUGGUACUUCAUUAUCAGCCAGCCCCAAAGGAUUUAUAUCAGCUCUAGCCAGUAUACAAGGCUACACUGUAAUUUGAGCUGCCAACUUGUUGUCCUCUUUCAAUAUUAGGAUCGAUGCCGGAUCAUGAUGUUUUUUUGUAUUAAACUUUGCCUUAAACCA